AUGGCUACCUCCAAUCAUGAAUUAAUUCGCAACACAAUUGCCCGAUGGCCAUUGAUUAUGGACCAGAAGAAUUCCGAUUUGCUUUCCAAAACGUUUACUCCUGAUGCCGUGUUCCAUUACCCGCCACCCAUCGGGACCAUCCAAGGCACCAUUGGGAUAGUGGAAAUGCUUCAAACUUUGAAAGAUGUCACAACAUACCACUCCUUGGGCACGCAGAUUAUCGAACUCACAAGUGCGACUACGGCUACAGCGACCACAUACUGUAUCGGUAUCCACGUGAGAACGGGAGAUAGAGCGGGAGAAUCGAUCACGAUUCUGGGGUACUAUGAGGAUCGCUUGGUCAAGGGCAAAGUUGCUGAAAUUGGCCAAGAUGACGAUGUAUGGCGGAUUUUUGAGCGUCGUGUUCACCACCAUAUCCCCUCUACGGGAGGACAGAAGUUCCCUGCUCUAGCUUGA